GAGGGCAGAAAUGGCGGCGGCGGCGGGGGGCCCGGGGGACUGAGGGAGCGGCGGCGCCCCCGGUACCGGCCCCGGCCCAACAUGAGUCACCCCGAGGCCGACGGCCAGCCCGAGGGCGAGCCCGACGCCAAGCUGCUGCACACCAAGCGGCUGUACCGGGCUGUGGUAGAAGCAGUUCAUCGAUUGGAUGCAAUUGUCAGCAACAAGAUGGCGUACCGGGAGGUAUUCAAACCCGAAAACAUCAGCCUGCGCAACAGGCUGAGGGAGCUCUGCGUGAAGCUCAUGUUUCUGCACCCGGUGGAAUAUGGUCGCAAGGCUGAGGAGCUGCUCUGGAGGAAGGUUUACUACGAAGUCAUCCAGCUUGUCAAAACCAAUAAGAAGCACAUCCACAGUCGGAGCGCUCUGGAGUGUGCCUACCGUACCCACCUGAUCGCAGGCAUCGGGUUCUACCAGCACCUGCUCCUGUAUGUCCAGUCCCAUUACCAACUGGAACUGCACAGCUCCAUCGACUGGACCCAUGUCACCGACCCGCUGAUAGGUCGUAGGAAACUGGUUACUGCUUCAGGCAAGGAAAUGGAAUGGGCUCAAAUGGCUUGUCACAGAUGCCUGAUGUACCUGGGGGACCUUGCACGGUACCAGAAUGAGCUGGCGGGCGUGGACACUGAGCAGCUGGCUGAGAGGUUUUACUACCAGUCGCUAUCGGUGGCACCUCAUGUGGGCAUGCCCUUUAACCAGCUCGGGACACUGGCUGGAAGUAAAUAUUACAACGUGGAGGCCACUUACUACUACCUCAGAUGCAUCCACUCCGAAAUGCCUUUCGAAGGAGCCUACGGGAACCUGAACCGGCUCUUUGACAAAGCUGCCAAGGCCUACCACCAGAUCCGCAGAACAGACACUAAGAAGCUAUCAGUGAGCAGGCAAAGGUCGAGAGACAUCAAGCGUUUGUUGGUCAGUUUCAUGUACCUGCAGAGCCUUCUUCAACCCAAGAACAGCACUGCAGAUGUGGAGGUGACCUCCAUUUGCCAGUCAGUCCUGGAGGAUUUCAAUCUGUGCCUCUUCUACCUGCCCUCCAAUCUCAAUCACAGCGGGUCGAGUGAGGAGGAGGAGGAGUACGACCGGGGCUGCAGCUUCCUACCCGACCUCCUCAUUUUCCGGAUGGUGGUCAUCUGCUUAAUGAGUGUACACAGCCUCAAAAAGACCGGUUUGAAGCAGUACAGUGCUGCCAUCGCCUUCACCCUUGCCCUCUUCUCUCACCUGGUGAACCAUGUCAACAUCCGGCUGCAGGCAGAGCUGGAGGACGUGGAGAACGCUGUUCCUUCCCUGCAGACUGACCAGCCAGACGAGGCAGAGGUGAAGGAGCUCUCGUCAAGGGGCCCGGAGCCCGAGGAGCUGGCGGCCAAGGUGCAGAAUGGGGCGCCAGUCCCUGGUGGCAAGCCCAAGGGCAAGAAGUACUCGCGUCUGUGCCACCUGCGGCGCCGCAGACACCGGCAGAAGGCUGACGAGAGCGACCUGAGCGAGGGCUUCGACUCGGACCCCAGCGAGGACUCAGCCAAGGACAGUGACCGCUCGGACUCCGGCUCCGACAAGAGUGACGAGGAGGAGGAGGAGGCAGAGGCCGCCUUUGACCUGGAGUCCGACUCCGACAUGAACAGCCAGGAGUCGCGCUCUGACCUGGAGGACAUCGAGGAGGAGCCGGGUGAGGGCUGUAGGGGCCCUGGGAGGGGCGGGGAGACGGACACUGGUCCUCUCCCUGCCCUCUGCCCUGACGUCCCUGAGCCUCCGGCCAAUGGCCCGGGCACUGCCAGUGACGCAGCCAUCGCCAGCAACCUCCAGGCCCUGUCCUCCCAACUGUUCCAGCCCAAGAGGUGCUUCAGACUGGCCCCCACCUUCAGCAAUGUCAUGAUCAGGCCCCCGCCUGAGGACCAAGGCUCCACUCCACAGCAGGAGAAACCCUGUGCCAACGGUGUCCUCCAGAGCCCCAGCGUCACUGAGCACGACACCGGCUCUGAUUCAGAGGCCAGUGACACCAGCAACAAAUCACUGCAGAGGGAGAAGACCCCGCUGGAGAAGCUGGAGAUCCUGUCCAACGAGGGCUUGCUGACCACCGUCAAGGUCUUCCUAGACUGGCUGCGCACCAACACGGACAUCAUCCUCAUGUGUGCGCAGAGCUCUCAGAGCCUGUGGAAUCGCCUGUCAGUACUGCUGAACAUGUUGCCGGAAGGAAGGAAGAUGAGAGAACCAGGUAUAUGCAUCAGCGAUGAGAUCGCCCAGCAGCUGAACCACUGUGAGGAGCCGGAUCUGGCCCAGGUUGUGCUGCUUCCGGAAGAUAUGGCCCUCCGCUACCUUCCUGUUCUCAGGACUGCGCAUCGGAAGCUCGGGGUGGAGCAGAUCAGCCUGGCUGCAAACACGCUGGAGGAGUCCAUGGUACGUAUCUGCUGCAUCCGAAGCUUCGGGCACUUCCUGACCCGGCUCCAGAAGAACGUUCUGCAGUACAACCGGGAGCUGGGAAUCUUCAUCAGCAUCAACCAGUGUGAGGAGGAGACGCUGAUGGAGCAGGCACAAGCCCAGUUCCGAAUGGCCGAGGAGGAGGCUCGUAGAAAUCGUCUGAUGCGGGACAUGGCCCAGCUCCGUCUCCAGCUGGAAGUGUCUCAGUUGGAAGGCAGCCUGCAGCAGCCGAAGAGCCAGUCCACAUUGUCUCCGUACCUGAUUCCCAACACACAAGCCAUCUGCCAACAGCUGGCCAACAUCAGGCACCUGGCCAACAGCAGCCGAUUCAUCAUCAUCAUUCCACGCACAGUGAUUGAUGGAUUGGAUUUCCUGAAGAAAGAAAAUUCAGGAGCACGUGACGCCAUCCGAUUCCUGGAAUCUGAGUUCAAGAAGGGAAACCGUUACAUCCGCUGCCAGCGGGACACUGGCAGGGCUGUGGACCGGCACAAGCUGAAGAGACAGGAUCUGGAUGCAUGGCACCUGUAUAAAAUCCUGGACAGCUGCAAGCAACUGACGGUGUCUCAGGGCACUGGUGAGGAAGAGGUGGCAGGGAUGGUCACCAUCCUGACAGAAUUCUCCCCGGAUGAUCCUGGAUCGCUCUCUAGUAAUGUGCAGGCUGCACUACAAGCGGCACACAAUUCUGGUGUGGAUGUCAGAAACAUCCUGGACUUCUACAGACAGUGGAAAGAGAUGGGCUGAAGGUGGAGGCAGCGAACUAGGGGUCACAACCUCGGGAGAACGUCUUCAGACAAAAACAAAACCGCGCACACACGGCAGAGGUGCCUGAGGGAAGCUGGCUGGACUGCUGUGGUGUUCAUCGUGACCCGAAGCCCGAAUCUACGUGGCACGAAAAUCGAGCAGAAACUCAGCACCUGUGAGGGAAAUUUUUUUUAAAAAUACGCAAUGUAAAGGGUGGAGUAAAGGCUGGAUAUUCUGCCCCUGGUUUUAAAUACAGACCCCUGCAGAGAAAUGGUGUAGGAGGUGGGAGAGGCUGCAGGGAAGGAGCCCUUGUGGCAUGAGUCUCGGCCAAGUGCCUGGUCCCUCUGCUGCAGUGGCGUGGAGCUGCCAUCUCCCCUCCUGGGCCCUGGAAGUGGGCAGAGAUUGAUCAGAACCCCUGCCCCUCGGCGAUUCCUCCUCCACCUCUCCCUGCCUGCCCUCUGUAGACAGAGCCCCUCCCAUUCCCGGUGGUCUCUCUCCCCCUCACCUUCAGGCCAGGAGUCUCCCUCUGACAUGCCGGAGGUUGGAACCUGCCCGCUGGCAGGACAAACCUCCCCCACCCCCCAAACCUCCCAUCAGUUGCCCGGGCAAUGCUACUCACUGGGGUCUGGUGCAGCCACUUCCUGGGUGUUGGGGGAGGGGAGAGGGGAAUAUACUUGCAUGAGGGAGAGGGGUGUGGGGAGGAGACGGUGGGUGAAGGAGAGGGAGGGGCUGAGGGUAAGGGAAGGGUUUUGGAGGGAGGAGAAAUGUGACGGAGGAGGUGGUCCAUUCACCUUUCUGUUGCCUCUGCCCUUGCCAACAGUGUUCCCCCAUCCUGCCUGAUGCCCCGGUUCUGCUACAUCAUGCAGGCCAAGGAUUUCCUGGGCGUUCCUGCACCCAAAAUCCCUGUGAAAUUCCUCCAGAACUCAUCCCUGCUUCCUUCCAGUCGGGAAGAGGAGCUAUCUCAGUUCCUCUAUCUGUGGACCAGUAGGUCCCGUGUCUCCAGAACCUGAUUCCUGAAAUGAGAGAGAUGGCCUCCCUCCCCUCCCAGCCCCCCAAUCCCACUCACCUCCUGAUUCCUGGCUGUUCACUGAAGGGGGCCUCGGUUACUUGGUGCUGGUGUUGUGGCUGUACAUUGGUUGUUGCUGUAACCUGGAUCAAAGGCCAAUCUUUCAGCAGUUUGGGGAUUCUGUUUCCCUGAAGCAAAUUCCACCCUAAAACAGGCGACUCCCUUUGCUGUUGGGAGAUGCACCAAGCCUCACACCCAACCUUCCCUCACCCCUACUCAGGAAUGUUAAUGGCCCAUUCACACCCUUGGUCCAGAGUGUGGAGCCAACAAAAACAGGGGAGCUGGGCUCUGUAAAUCUCAGGGUGAGUGAGGAGAGUUUGUAGAUGGGGGGAGGGAGGUGGAGAGGGGUUUGUGGGGCUCUGGAGACAGGGUGGGUUUGGGGAGAGGGGAGGGACGGAUCACUGGGAAGGGGGCUCAGUGGGGUACUACUGCCACCUGGUUUGUGUUUCUUUGUGCUCACUGUUGCUUGGUGUUGCCCUGCUGUUGUGACGUAUGUAACUGGAGUGUGGCUGAUGUUUGGGAGCUUACUGUGAGAGUUGGGGGUCAGAGCUCCCUGCAGGAUGCUGACAGCUGAAGCAGUGCUGGGGUUAAGGGGGGCACUUGGGUGGAUUUGGUCAGAAGUUACCCAUGCCCCACACUGCGCUGCAUUCAAUGUGUUCUCAAGUAUCAUUUCAUUUUUCUUGUGAAAACAAAAGAUGAUUCAAAAGUGUUUCUCAAACGUAAUUUAAAAGAAAAUUCAAGAAACCUUUCAAUUCCAGUAGAGAAAAGGCAAUAAAGGCUUGGAAUUAUUGUGGGA